GAUACACGCAGCAAGACUGGAGGUGACAGAAUCCUUAGUGAACCUCUUAGAUAGUAGAGCCAUUCUUGUGACCUUUGGCAACGCGAUGGAGCUUGAGCAUUUCGACGAGCGGGAUAAGACGCGGCGGCACAGCCGAGGGGACAGGCUGAACGGGGUGACUAGUCCAGCACACAGCGCCCACUGCAGUCUCUACCACACCCGUACCCUCAAGACCCUCAGCUCGGAGAAGAAGGCAAAGAAGGUCCGUUUCUACCGCAACGGGGACCGUUACUUUAACGGGAUUGUGUACGCCAUCUCCGCGGACCGGUUCCGGUCUUUUGAUGCUCUGUUGACGGACCUGACCCGAUCCCUCUCUGAUAAUGUGAACCUACCACAGGGUGUACGGACCAUCUACUCAGUGGAUGGAACCAAAAAGAUCACCAGCACUGAUCAACUGGUGGAGGGCGAGAGCUACGUGUGCGGCUCCAUCGAGGUCUUCAAGAAGCUCGACUACACCAAGAACGUCAACCCCAACUGGUCUGUGAACGUCAAAGCUUCGUCUGGGGCGGCCGCCCGCGGGCCUCCAUCCCUGGGCAGCUCCAAGGCCGGACCCCCAGACACCCGGGACCAAGCGGUGAAGGAUUUCAUCCGUCCCAAGCUGGUGACGGUGGUGCGGAGCGGGGUGAAGCCCAGCAAGGCUGUACGGAUCCUUCUCAAUAAGAAGACGGCCCAUUCAUACGAACAGGUCCUGACCGACAUCACGGAGGCCAUCAAACUGGACUCUGGAGUGGUGAAGAGGAUCUAUACUCUGGAGGGGAAACAGGUGACAUGUCUCCAGGACUUCUUCGGGGACGAGGACAUCUUCGUGGCGUGUGGACCGGAGAAAUACCGUUACCAAGACGACUUCCAGCUGGAGGAGAAUGAGUGUCGUGUGAUGAAGUCAAUGGCCUAUGGUAAAAUGUCCGCUCCUCUGACCAACCGUGGUUCUCCUCGCUCCGUGGGCCUGUCUAAACGCAGAAUGUCCCCCGCAGGCUCAGUGAACGGGAAUCCAACCAGUCAGCUGUCCACUCCUGGCUCGGGGAAAUCUCCAAGCCCCUCCCCUUCCGGCCCUGCUUCAGACCUCAGACCACGCAGGGAGUCUCAGGGUUCAUCUAUCUCUCUGGCCUCUACCAAAGUCUGUAGCUCCAUAGAAGAAGGGGAUGGAGCUGAAUCUAUAGCAGAGGAUGAUAUCCCUGCGGUGCCUGCCUCCAUAUCGGAGCGCUACAGAGUGGGACGUAUGUUGGGAGACGGUAACUUUGCGGUGGUCCGGGAAUGUGUGGAACACUCCACAGGCAGAGAAUACGCCCUGAAGAUCAUUAACAAGGGCCGAUGCCGGGGGAAGGAGCAUAUGAUCCAGAAUGAGGUAGCCAUCCUGAGGAGGGUGAAACACCCCAACAUUGUCCUGCUGAUCGAGGAGAUGGACACCUACAGUGAGCUCUACCUGGUUAUGGAGCUGGUGAAGGGGGGCGAUCUGUUCGAUGCCAUCACGUCCACUAACAGAUACACAGAGAGGGACGCCAGCGGGAUGCUGUACAACCUGGCCAACGCCAUCAAAUACCUCCACAGCCUCAACAUCGUACACAGAGACAUCAAACCAGAAAACCUACUGGUGUAUGAGCAUGUUGAUGGCAGUAAGAGUCUGAAGUUGGGGGACUUUGGUCUGGCCACCGUAGUAGAUGGACCCCUCUACACCGUCUGUGGAACACCCACAUAUGUAGCACCAGAGAUCAUCGCAGAGACAGGGUAUGGCAUUAAGGUAGAUAUCUGGGCAGCAGGAGUUAUAAACUACAUCUUGCUGUGUGGCUUCCCUCCCUUCCGAGGGAGCAGUGACGACCAGGAAGUGUUAUUUGACCAGAUCCUGAUGGGACAGCUGGAGUUCCCUCUCCCCUACUGGGACAAUGUGUCGGAGACUGCCAAGGAUCUGAUCAGGUCCAUGCUGGAGGUGGAGGUGGAUCAGAGAUACACAGCAGAACAGGUUCUGGACCACCCAUGGAUCCAUGAUGAAGGUGUGUCGGAGAAUGAACAGGAGCUGUCCGUAGCAGGGAAGAUAAAUAAACACUUCAACACCAGCCCUAUAUCUAACGCCACCACCGCCGGAGUGUCAGUCAUCACGUUGGACCACAGCUUCUCCAUGCAGCGCUCUGGGUCGUUGGACUUCCACCAGCACCCGGCCAUGUACUGGAUAAGGCCACCGCUCUUGAUAAGGAGGGGCAGGUUCUCAGACGAAGAUGCAACCAGGAUGUGAGCGCACGGCCGUUGCCUUUGCCAACAACAACAACAACAACAACAAUGGAAAAACCGGCUAGCUGCCUCCCCAGCCCGACCCUCGCCCCCCUCUUUCUGACCUUUAUCCUCGGCUCCGUCCCUAACCCUGACCCCUCCACCAGCCACACCCCGGCGUUGGACACUGAGGAUAUCUCUCUCAGCUGGAACUGUUCGUUCUCCUUUUAGAGGUGGGGAGAGGGGCAAUAUGUUCUCCUAACUCCCCCUUUUAGAGGUGGGGAGAGGGGCAAUAUGUUCUCCCAACUCCCCCUUUUAGAGGUGGGGAGAGGGGCAAUAUGUUCUCCUAACUCCCCCUUUUAGAGGUGGAGAGGGGCAAUAUGUUCUCCUAACUCCCCCUUUUAGAGGUAGGGAGGGGGGCAAUAUGUUCUCCUAACUCCCCCUUUUAGAGGUAGGGAGGGGGGCAAUAUGUUCUCCUAACUCCCCCUUUUAGAGGUAGGGAGAGGGGCAAUAUGUUCUCCUAACUCCCCCUUUUAGAGGUAGGGAGGGGGCAAUAUGUUCUCCUAACUCCCCCUUUUAGAGGUGGAGAGGGGCAAUAUGUUCUCCUAACUCCCCCUUUUAGAGGUAGGGAGGGGGGCAAUAUGUUCUCCUAACUCCCCCUUUUAGAGGUAGGGAGGGGGGCAAUAUGUUCUCCUAACUCCCCCUUUUAGAGAUGGGGAGAGGGGCAAUAUGUUCUCCUAACUCCCCCUUUUAGAGGU